AUGGAGGACAAGGAACUGUCCUGGGCAACUGUCCUGUCUCACCCUGGGAGUGUUGAGGCAUGGCUGCAUCUCACGGCCACCAGAGUCACAGACAGGGACACUCCCCUCCAGGACCUCGAGACAAUCCUGUCCCAGCUGGAGAAACAGAAUGCCAGCGCCAGUGAUGGAGCUUGGGGCUGGGCUGUGGGGCUCAAGCACAAGAGCGAAGGUGGAAAUACCCAGAGCGGAGACCGUGUCAGAUUUGGUUUCACUGCUGUGAUGACUGGUAUUGAGCAGCCUGGCCACAUCAGCUCCUACUGCCAGGGGCCGUCGCUGAGCCACAAGGUGCUGGAACUUACGUUCCUGGUCUGCCGGGACAGCAGCUUGAAGCACCUGGUGCUCUGUGUCCACUUCCCUUCCCUGAACGACAGCUCGUCCGAGGUGCUCGAAUACACCAUUAAAGAAGAAAAAUCGAUACUGUACCUGGAAGGCUCGGUUCUUGUGUUUGAGGACAUCUUCAGACUGAUCGCGUUCUACUGUGUCAGUAGAGAUUUGCUGCCCUUCACGCUGAGGCUGCCCCAGGCCAUCCUUGAGGCCCACAGCUUCACAGACCUCGAGACCAUCUCCAACCUGGGCCUGGGCUUCUGGGACUCCUCGCUGAACCCCCGGCGAGGAGGUGGGAGCCCAGCGGAGCCCCCGAGAGACCCAGCCCCCGGAGCACCGCCAGCCUCCAGCCUCAAGUCCAGCGCCCAUUACGAAAACUGCUCAUGUGAAAUCGAGCUGUCCGUAGGAAAUGACCGCCUGUGGUUUGUGAAUCCUAUUUUCAUCGAGGACUGCGGUGGCGGNNNNCCUCCAAGCCAGCCACCCAUGGCAGCCUGUGAGAGGUCUCCACGCCCUCCCACAGGCCUGGGCCCCCUCAGGGAGGAAGAGGUGAAGCCAGGGCCGCCCCCUAGCCCCUUGCCGCAGACCCCUGCCCCUCCGACACCCGUGAAGAAGAACCUCCCGGCGGCUCCUCCCAGACGCCGCAUCUCUGAGAAGGUCUCCCUGGAGGACCAGAGUGCAGGGAAGGCGGACAGGGGGAUGGCAGCAGAGGGGGACCAGCUGGGUCUUUGUAGGGCAUCCACACUCAGCCUGCCUCCCCGGGGGACUUCAGACAGUCCUGGGGAGCGGCCUCCGAGGACCAAAGAGCAAGGUCAGGAAGCGGUGGCCAAGGCCAGUGAUCCGGGCAGCAUGCCAGAGCCGCCGAGGAAGAUCCGGCAACCCCCAGUCCCGCCCCCCAGGAGGAGACGGAUCUCCCAGCAGCUGGCCUCGGGCCUCGCGAGCCCCUCGGAGAGCACGGAGCCUCCCACGAAGGAGGAAGCCCGUGAGAAACCCACACCCGGUCCGUCCAGAGGAGGCCAAAGCCCCGACCCCCAGACCAGGACUCAGAGCCCGCACGCCCAGACCGGUGCCCGACCCCAGAGCUCUCCAGAGUUCAAGGGCUCCCUGGCCUCGCUCGCGGACAGUUUGGGAGUGCCCGCCUCGGCCACAGACCAGGACUCCUACUCCACCAGCAGCACGGAGGAGGAGCUAGAACACUUCAGCAGCUCCGGCGGGAAGAAGAAGCCCUCGGCGGUCCUGGGCAAGGCACGCCACCGCCUCAGCUUCGCGAGCUUCACCAAUGUCUUCCACGCCUUCCUCUCCAACAACCGCAAGCUGUACAAGAAGGUGGUGGAGCUGGCCCAGGACAAGGCCUCGUACUUCGGAAACCUGGUGCAGGACUACAAAGUUUACAGCCUGGAGAUGAUGGCACGCCAGACCUCCAGCACGGAGAUGCUGCAGGAGAUCCGCACCAUGAUGACCCAGCUCAAGAGCUACCUGUUGCAGAGCACCGAGCUCAAGGCCCUGGUGGACCCCACCCUGCACUCCGAGGAGGAGCUAGAAGCGAUUGUGGAGUCUGCCUUGUACAAGUGCGUCUUAAAGCCAUUGAAAGAAGCCAUCAACUCGUGUCUGCGUGAGAUCCACAGCAAGGACGGCUCGCUGCAGCAGCUCAGGGAGAACCAGCUGGUGAUCCUGGCCACCACCACCACCGACCUGGGCGUGACCACCAGUGUGCCGGAGGUGCCCAUCAUGGAGAAGAUCCUGCAGAAAUUCACCAGCAUGUACAAGGCCUACUCGCCGGAGAAGAAGAUCUCCAUCCUGCUCAAGACCUGUAAGCUCAUCUAUGACUCCAUGGCCCUCGGCAACCCAGGGAAGCCCUAUGGGGCAGACGACUUCCUGCCCGUGCUCAUGUACGUCCUGGCCCGCAGCAACCUCACGGAGAUGCUCCUCAACGUGGAGUACAUGAUGGAGCUCAUGGACCCUGCCCUGCAGCUGGGCGAGGGUUCCUACUACCUGACCACCACGUACGGGGCCCUGGAGCACAUCAAGAACUACGACAAGAUCACGGUGACCCGGCAGCUGAGCAUGGAGGUGCAGGACUCCAUCCACCGCUGGGAGCGCCGGCGCACGCUCAACAAGGCCCGGGCCUCGCGCUCCUCCGUGCAGGACUUCAUCUGCGUGUCGUACCUGGAGCCCGAGCGGCAGUCGCGGACGCUGGCGUCGCGGACCGACACGCUGGCCGAGGCGCUGUGCGCUCAGUGCGCGGAGAAAUUCGAGGUGCUGCAGCCCCAGGACUACCGGCUCUUCGUGCUGGUCGACGGGCGCUGCUUCCAGCUGGCGGACGAGGCGCUGCCCCACCGCAUCAAGGGCUACCUGCUGCGCAGCGAGCCCAAGCGCGACUUCCACUUCGUGUACCGACCCCUGGAUGGCGGCGGGGGCGGCGGGGGCCCGCCCUGCCUCGUGGUGCGGGAGCCCAACUUCCUUUGA